UCACAGUCGAUCUGCGUACCCCUGAAUCACACAUAUUUAAUUUAAAUAAAGUGACGGAAAGGAAGAGUUCGAUGAGUUCGGUUCGCUUAACAAGUGUAAAAGAUUGCUGUUAACUACAAGAAGAUGAAAUCAACAACAACAACGACGGGAAAAGAAAAAUUCAAUUAAAGAACUUCCUGCCUUCUAAGAAAUUUAAAGAUAACACCAAACGAUACACAAGUUUCAAAUUAAAAACAAAAUUUUGAAAUAGCAGAAAUUGAGAUAUUUUAAAGAGAAUAGUUGUCGAAAUUAGAACAUAACAAUGAGUGCUAUGAAAGUUUGUUGUAUCGGCGCGGGUUAUGUUGGUGGUCCUACGUGCUCUGUAAUGGCUCUGAAAUGCCCCGACAUAACAGUGACAGUUGUGGAUAAGAGUUCUGAGCGCAUAGCUCAAUGGAAUUCUGAUAAAUUGCCCAUAUAUGAGCCUGGCUUGGAUGAUGUGGUGAAAAAGUGUCGCAAUGUUAACUUAUUCUUCUCAACAGACAUUGAGACUGCCAUUAAAGAAGCUGACUUGAUUUUCAUUUCUGUUAAUACACCCACAAAGACAUUUGGUAAUGGCAAAGGACGUGCUGCUGAUCUGAAAUAUGUGGAAAGUGCUGCUCGCAUGAUUGCCGAAAUUGCUCAAUCGAAUAAAAUUGUUGUGGAAAAGAGUACGGUGCCGGUGAGGGCGGCCGAGAGUAUCAUGCACAUUCUGCAUGCCAAUCAAAAACCUGGCAUCCGUUAUGAUAUCCUCUCCAAUCCGGAAUUUUUGGCCGAAGGUACAGCAAUUGAAGAUCUAUUGCAUGCCGAUCGUGUUCUAAUCGGCGGUGAAGAGACGCCCGAGGGCCACAAGGCCAUCGAAAAAUUGUCAUGGAUCUAUGAACAUUGGAUACCCAAAGAGAAUAUUCUGACGACAAACACAUGGAGUUCAGAGCUAUCGAAAUUGGCAGCAAACGCCUUCCUGGCGCAAAGAAUUUCCAGUAUUAAUUCCCUAUCGGCCGUGUGUGAAGCCACCGGUGGCGAUGUUUCCGAAGUUGCCCGAGCCAUUGGUCUGGAUUCACGCAUUGGUCCCAAGUUCCUACAGGCCUCAGUCGGUUUCGGUGGCAGUUGUUUCCAAAAGGACAUACUUAAUCUUGUCUAUAUCUGUGAAGGCCUUAAUUUACCGGAAGUUGCCGCCUAUUGGCAACAGGUUAUCGAUAUGAAUGAAUAUCAAAAGUCAAGAUUCUCUCAGAAGAUUAUUGAAUGUCUGUUCAAUACGGUAUCGAAUAAACACAUUUCCAUUUUGGGCUUUGCAUUUAAAAAGAAUACUGGUGAUACGCGUGAAACACCAGCCAUUACGGUGUGUAAGACUCUGCUGGAGGAGGGUGCCAAAUUGGAUAUUUAUGAUCCCAAAGUGGAACCGGAACAAAUAAUUGACGAUUUGACACAUCCAAGUGUUACGGAGUCGCCGGAAGGUGUCAAACAAGCCGUCCAAAUUCACAGUGAUCCCUACAGUGCGGUCAGGGGGACACAUGCCAUUGUUUUGUGUACGGAAUGGGAUGAAUUUGUGACUCUCGACUAUCAACGUAUUUACCAAUCGAUGAUGAAACCAGCCUACAUUUUUGAUGGUCGCAAGAUUUUGGAUCAUGAGCGUUUGCAACAAAUCGGUUUCCAUGUGCAGACAAUUGGCAAGAAAUAUUCACGUUCGGGCCUGAUGCGUUCCUGGGGCAGUGUACAACAAUUGUAGAACAAGCAGUUAAAGAAAAUCAAACUUGCCAACCAUAACACUACCAGUUUUACACAUUGAAUUGGGAUUUUAAAAAUCCAACAAACGUUUCCCUCUUUGUCUUCUAUUUUUUUUCGUGUAUUCUCUUUCGCUACCAUAUUGCACAUUCUAAAAUCUUUUAAGACUUAAAUGCACACAGUAUUUUUUCUUUUCUUUCCUAAACAUUUUUACUAUUUGAAUUGUAAAUAAGCAAAUUAUUAUUUUUUUUUUUUUUGUAUACCAAAACUCAAAAGAUGCAAACAAUUGCAACAUUAACGAAUAAUAAAAGCGGCAAUAUACAUAUAAAUGUCAUAUUUUUAUAAGUGAAAUAUUUUAAAUAUUUGACUUGAUUAUUUUUUUUAAUAAGAAUAAAUAAUAAUAGACUACAUUCUAUGUCUGACACUCUUCAUAUCUAUAUUUUACUACACCUUUAUUUAAUGUAUACAAAUAAGUCUAUUCAACAUCAACGAUUGUAUAGAAAAAACAGACUCUCCAAUUCCACUUUUUGUCUCCCCAAUUAUAUUUUGUUAUCAUGAUUUUCAAAUUUUAUUUUUUGCAUAUCAUAUUGCAUACAUAUA